AAACAAUAUUGCCAUUUCGAUUGCGUUUCCAUGCUGCGUAUCAAUCUCUGUAUUUUUUAGUUCUUUUUCCGUUUCACGUUUACAAAUUGUUAGCAGGUUAUUACUGCGGAAAAAUUUGCUUAACUAGUUAUCAUUUAUGUAAUUUUAACAGAGGUAACUGGAAAAUGGCUAAAGAAGAAGAAGAUGACAAACUUCCAGAUAAGGACGUCGCUAAAGAAUUCUAUGCCAAGUACGAACCUAAGGAAAUUUUAGGCAAGGGCAUCAGUUGUACUGUAAGAAGAUGCAUUGAAAAAGAAACAGGUAAAGAGUUUGCAGCAAAAAUAAUCGACCUCAGCACCGACCCUGAUUCAGGUGAACAAGCCGUCAGACAAGAAAUAUUUAUUUUACGACAUGUUGCGGGGCACCCUUACAUAAUUGAAUUGCAGGACGUUUUUGAAUCAAACACAUUUAUAUUCCUGGUAUUUGAACUGUGCAAAAAUGGGGAGUUGUUUGAUUAUCUCACAACAGUUGUGAACUUAUCGGAGAAGAAAACUCGCUACAUAAUGAGACAAGUUUUUGAGGGUGUCGAAUAUAUUCAUAGUAGAGGAAUUGUUCACAGAGACUUGAAACCUGAAAACAUAUUGCUAGAUGACAAUUUGAAUGUUAAGAUAACGGAUUUUGGCUUUGCAAGAAAACUCGAUCCAGGUGAAGUUUUAUAUGAUUUAUGUGGAACCCCUGGUUAUUUGGCACCAGAAACAUUACGUUGCAGUAUGAUGGAAGAUGCACCCGGUUAUUCAUUCCAAGUUGAUAUAUGGGCCUGUGGUGUAAUCAUGUAUACCCUAUUGGUAGGAUGUCCACCCUUUUGGCAUCGUAAACAAAUGAUCAUGUUGAGAAAUAUAAUGGAAGGAAAGUAUUCAUUUUCAUCUCCUGAAUGGGCUGAUAUUUCUGAAGCGCCAAAAGACUUAAUUAGAAAACUACUAGUUGUAGACCCCAAUCACAGGAUUACUAUUAAAGAAGCACUUGCUCAUCCAUUUUUCCAGACCGUGCAAAUGUGGGAUCAAGACAUAGCACCACUGAAGCAUUCUUUAAGGCGCGAUAGUCACCGUUUUAGUCGUAUUGCACAUCUAGCACUGGUGUUACAACGGGCCUCUUUUCAUCCUCGUCGCAAAUUCAAAUGGGCAAUUUUGGUGGUGCAAGCGAUGAUAAGAAUUCAAAGAUUACGUUUUACUCCUGAACCGUUAAGCUUACACGUAGCAAGAGAAGAUCCGUAUCGCAUCAAGUUGUUGAGAAAAGUUAUCGACGCAUGUGCAUUCAGAGUUUAUGGUCACUGGGUUAAAAAGGGCGAAGGUCAGAAUCGAGCAGCCCUUUUCGAAAACAUGCCCAAAACCGACCUCAAACAUUUAUACCUUGAGCAGUUGCAAAGCAGAUAAAAGGACUGUUUGUUUAUUAGAAAAAUGCACCGUAGUAGAGGAAAGUAUCGAAAUGUACAAAUGUGAUUGCUGAAUUUAUACAUGUCACACAUGUAUUUAGUUAUUUUGGAUGGAUAUUAAGAGAACUGAUAGAUGGACGGUUUUACGAUAACUUCUGUUUUUUCUUGUUUAAUAAACUGAUUCAUAGUUU